UGCCUAACCUCACUUUUUUUGUUUAUCUUUUCUGAAAAUUUUAGGUUCCAAUUUUCAUGAUAAUUCUCAAAAAUGAUACGACGGGUAGCCCUAGGAAUAUCGGGGGGCGUAGACAGUGCCGUGGCAGCCCUACUUUUAAAAAAUAAAGGGUAUGACGUUCAAGGAGUUUUCAUGAAAAACUGGGACAUCGCUGACGAAAAAGGCAGCUGUAGGGCUGACGAGGAUUACAAAGAUGCCAGUUAUAUAUGUAAUCAAUUAAAUAUCAAGUUGCAUCACGUUAAUUUUGUUAAAGAGUAUUGGAACGAGGUGUUUUGUAAUUUAAUAAAGGAAUAUGAGAGUGGAAUGACCCCAAACCCUGACAUAUUGUGCAAUAGAAACGUUAAAUUUAAUUAUUUUUAUAAAUAUGCUAUGGAGCAUUUAAAAGCUGAUGCCAUUGCAACUGGGCAUUAUGCCAGGACUAGUUUUGGGCCAUAUUUAGAAAAUUUUAACCCUAAUGAAUCUGUAAGGCUACUACGAGCAGAAGAUGCUAGAAAAGACCAGACAUUCUUUCUUUGCCAAGUUCGUCAAGAGGCUUUAAGAAGGACAAUGUUUCCAUUGGGGGACUUAAUAAAGUUUGAGGUGAAACAGCUUGCGGCACAGAAUAAUUUGGAAAAAAUUGCCUUAAAACAUGAAAGUAUGGGUAUUUGUUUUAUAGGCUCCAGAAAUUUCCAAGAGUUCAUACAAGAAUAUAUUGAGGAUAAACCUGGUAAGUUUGUAGAUAUUGACACAGGCGAGGUGGUAGGUGAGCAUAAGGGCCUUCACCAAUGGACUUUAGGGCAAAGGUCAAGGCUUCACAGUCUUCCAGAUGCAUAUUUCAUAUGUAGGAAAAGCUUGCAAGACAGCAUUAUUUAUGUGGCUCAAGGAACAAACCAUCCCGCCCUUUAUUCGAGCCUGUUCUUCACAUUACCACCCCAUUGGAUUCACUCCCAACCCAAGGAACUUCAGAGAGGCGAACUGUUACAAUGCGAGUUUAAAUUUCAACACACCCAAACCUGGGCCCCUUGCCGAAUUCUGCAAUCCGAUGAAGGGCUCGUUGUUAGGUUAGAAUAUCCUAAAAGGGCCCUAACUCCAGGACAAUACGCCGUUUUUUAUAAGGACAAAGAGUGUCUGGGAAGCUCGAGAAUAUUAAAUGCGGGAGUCAGUGAUUUUAUGUUGAAUUAUAAUGUUAAAAGGGCUGAAAUUAGUAGUAUUAAGGAAGAAUCUGUGAAUAAAGUGGUUAGUAAUUGUUGAUAGAAAA